UCGGAUUGUAUUGAUCAGUAUUGUAUCGAUACGAUCCAUUUAUGACCUACCUUGGAUCACCACGAAAAAGGUUACGCAGUACCAGCGAAGCCUGCCAGGAAUCACGCCGAAGGCGGAGGGGGGAGAGCGUUCCCUCACGCUCCAGUUGCUCUAGAAUUUUUUACAGUGGAAGAGCGGAGUACGCUGCCGAGAGAGAGAAGGAGAGCGAUGGGGAAUAACGAGAGAGAGAAAGAAGAGAAGAAAAGAAUGGCGAGCAGAGAAGAAGCAACGGAGGAGCGGAGCGGCGGCGGCGCUGGCGGGAAGCUGGCAAGGCGACCCUUCCGGCGGAUGGCGCAACCCACCCCGUACGACCGCCCGCCGAGGACUGCUGCUGCUUCUGCCGGGGAGGAGGGGCAAGGCGGAUGGCUCUCCGGUCUUCUCAUUCGUCCAGUUUCCAGACUGCUUCCUUCCCUCUUUUCCUCAUCCUCCUCUCCCAGGCCCCCACACUCUCCGCCCUCUCCCGAAGAUGAGCGAGAAGGCUUUGAUGGAGUGUCUACAAUGGUUUCUGAUAAUCAAUUUGAAGAAUCAACAGCUUCAGAUGCUUCUGCUGAAUCAGAGUGUCCUUUUGCUGGCCCUGAAGCUGACAAACUUUUAGAAAACAAAGUAACAAAUGCAUGUGAUUGGAAUGGGCUUGCUGAAAUCGAGCAGCGGUUGAAACAGAAAAUGUUCUCUAGAGAUGAAACAAACCGGUUAAUAGAGUUGCUAAAAUCCAGGACAACUGAUCUUCCAAAUGAUGAUGGACAUGCUGGAGGCUUCAUUGCUGAAGCUACAGAAGGUACAUUGGGCCCACAAGAUCUAAUCACAUCUGGAGAACUUGCUUUGCAGUCAGAUUAUCGGAUGACUCCAAAGAUUUUUUAUUCUCACCAUGCAGAAGCACAUGGUGCUGGUUCCUCACCAGUUGAAAUUGCAAGAGCUUACAUGGAAUCGUUAACGUCUGCUUCUGACCAUGAUUCUCAAAGUGGAAAAUCAAAGAUUGUGAAAAAUUCAGUUGGUAAUGACAUAUCUUCACCCAAACUGCCCCAGUCAGCUGCAAAGGCACCAAUAUGCUGGCCAGGUGCAGUUGUGCCCAGCAAUCACUACUAUCUUACUCCUCAAACUCAAAGAGGCAGGACUGGGCUCCGCAAUUUUCCCAGGAUGCCUUAUUCUGGUUCCAUGUUUUCAAGAUCUACUUCCAAGUUUCAAGGCGGUGGUGAAUGUUGUAAGAUUUCUUUGGCUGGAUGGAACCAGGCAUCGACUUCUGUAUUUGGCAGUGACAUGGUGGUGAAAAGAACUUUAGAUGAUGGGCUCGCAUCAGUUGGCCCUGUCCAUCAAAUCCAUCAGAAAAAUGUGCCAAAUGCUUGCAUAGCAACGGCUCCAUCUGGUUUUGCUGCUACUUUCUCACUGCCAUCAGGGCCGCCUGAAAAAGGUGCAUCAGAGGGUACCCUGUUGGAAUUUCAAUCUGCCAAAGCAAAUGAUGAAAUUUCCAGGUAUAUGGUCGGUUCUUCAACUGUUCAUCCACAAUCCAGUGCAACAGCUUGCAAAAUAUUAAGGCAUCUUGAAAGAACUGUUCCUUCUGCCGAAGAAAAAUCACUAGACUUAAAGCUGGAUAUAGCAGGGAUGGAGGUUCCUUCAAUGCCUUCUACUCCUGUGAUGGGUGGGCAGGGUGACAGGUUCAAUGUAAGUGUCUAUGGUGAUCAAAAACCAGGUGGCUUAUUUGGAAGGGAUAUUGGUGAGCAAGAACAUGUAGAUGCAGAAAAGGUUUUGCCUGGGCUAUAUAUGAGCAAAAAUCAUGAGGACAAGUUGUUGUCAAGCCCAUCGCAGAGCAGUCAACAAGGCAACACCACAGCUGGCUCUGAGGUGUUUCAGAUACCCAGGCCCGUGCAUCAUUCAUCUGGUUUCAAACCAGCCUUGUCCUCUCUCUUUACCACCAAUCCAACGAGUGAAAGUUCUGAUAUUGGCUGCAGCUUUACAUUUCCUGUUUCUGUAGCUUCAAAUUCCUUUUCUGAACCACCACCGACACCUACCAUCACUAAAUCUCAAGCAGUGAGCAGAAUGUCCAGAAACAGCGAAGGAAGUGUUCCAUCAUUUAGUUUUGGUUCAUCCACCGUUGAUAGUGGCCUUGUUUUCUCAUUUGGUUCCAUUGCCAGCUCCACUUUAACUGAGACUGCGACCCCAGGGUUCAAGUUUGGAUCUAAUGAGAACCGCAGGUUAUCCUUCAAGUCACUUAGCAGUGAUGCCAUUUGCUAUUGAUGGUACUGGAAAAAAUGUACAAUUUUCUUCUGUCCUUUCUAAGCUGGAUUCGGUUUUCCCCACCCCUUGCUGUUAUUCUGGUAGUUCAUAAAGAUUUUUGAUGGCUGUUGCAUUCUAGUAGUCAAUAUUCAGUUUUGUGGAAUGUGUACAACUACACUAAUGAUAACAAUUCUUUUUUGAGGGAAGUAUUCAUAGCAAUUCUCUUUUGGAUGU